GCAGGUUUUGCGUCUUCUACUAAUGUUGAUUCUGCAGAAGAUGGAUACUCAUGGGAUACUGCAGGAGCUCAGGAAAAUGAGUCACAACAUGAAUGGACAGUCCAGCAAGGACACGGUUCUGCGUCUACGAAUGUGGAUAUUGCAGGAGCGCAGGAAAAUGUUGGCGACAAACAAUGAUUGGACAGUCCAGCAAACAACAGCAUUGUUGGAUGCCAUUACAGAACACUUUGAUGAAUUGAAGUCAAGCGCCAACAAGGCCAAGGUGUGGAAGAAAAUAUGCACUGAGUUACAGAAACAUGUACCUCAUAUCUCCGUGCAUAAAUGUAAAGACAAAUGGAAAAACCUGAAGAAGUCUUACCGAAAUCACGUUCAGCAAACAAACAGAACUGGUGCUCAGCCGUCAAAAUGUAAGUUUGCAGACCAGAUGUUCGAAAUGAUGGGGGAUGACCCAAGUGUGGUGCCAGUAUACGUUGCAAGCUCAGAUGCAGCUGCAAUCGAGAGUACGCUAGAUGACAGUACGCAGUCCAGUGUUGUUGAGGCUGAUGAAGAAUUGAAUGAGCAAGGCCGAAAACGCAAAUCGGCGUCAAAUGAUAAUAUUAAAAAAACUAAGAAAAGAAAAGCUUCUGCUAGUUCAAACAUCAUCACAUAUAUGCAAGAGCAUGAUGAUAAGGUUCUUGCGCAGCUAGCCAAAAUGCACAAUAAAACGAUAGCAGUUAUGAAUAAAAUUACAGAUAAACUUUAAUCUGUAAAUUCAUUCAAUGGCUCUGUUAGAGAAGCAUAUAGAAGUAUGUAGUGUUGUUUCUUGAGCUGCUGUGUUUGUGAGUUUUCAUUUUGUAAAUUCUCAAUACAGUGAUCUAAAAAUGUUUUCAGCCUAGCUGGCUGAAUUUCUCUGUUUAUUGAAUAUUCAUAUAUUAUUUAUCUGUAUAUUUCGAUGGAGCAAUAAUUGCAACUGCAAUUGUAAUUUUAUUUUAUUUUGUUUUAUUGCAUACAAGCUUUAAUCUUUAAAUUCAUUCAAUGGCUCUGUUAGAGAAGCAUAUAGAAGUAUAUAGUGUUGUUUCUUGAUCUGCUGUGUUUGCGAGUUUUCAUUUCUAAAAUUUAAACCAGUAAUCUAAAAAUAUCUGCAACCUAGCUGGCUGAAUUUCUCUGUUUAUUGUAUAUUCAUAUAUUAUUUAUCUGUAUAUUUAGAUAGAGCAAUGAUUGCAGCUGCAAUUGUAAUGUUAUUUUAUUUUGAAUUAUUAAACAGAAAACACAUUCAAACACAUGAGUUCAUUG